GAAAACUUCACUUCCCACAAUGCUCUGUUCCGUUCUCAAGCUCUCGCAUGGGAUCACAGACGUCUUUCAGGAGGAAAUAACGGGGGCUUGGCUUUCCGUUUCUGAGGCUUCAGAAAGAGGAAACAUGGAAGAAAGACCUUCAGAUUAGCCCUAUUCAUUCGUUUUCUAAAAACUAGGUUUGGUUUUGACUUCCAUCAAGAGCUCUUCCAUUAAAAUUCCCUUUUGUAGCCUUCUCAGUUCUAUGUAGCCGUUCCUGGAAGCUCUCCAUUUCGGACGUGUGAUUGGUUGAGCUGUUUACCAGUGCUGGAGGAAAGGCCUAAUCCCAGAUCCUUCUGGAGAGCGCUAAGACACUGCCUGACUGGAAGCUGACGGGAUUAACUUCAUAUUAGAUUUGUGGGACAAGGGAAGAAGAACACCUGCUUGUUAUUACUGGCAAAUCCAGGCCAACCCUGCUCUGGGUUCCACUCGGUUUUGGAUCUUGUCUGCGAGACGCCACUUUCCAUUGUCAGAUUUGGCAGACUUUCUCCUGUUGUAGGACUCCUGAAUCCAUAAUCAUUCAGAAUCAAGACUAGAGACUUUGCUGGAUACGUUAUGAUAUUAAAAGCAUAGUGCACAAGCAGAUCAGCAUCAUCAGUGUCUGAGAAGACCCAUCAGCCAAGCUUCAGAAAGAGCCAGGUCGUUCUCAUUCUGCUCUGGUCCUUCCUCUGCUCAGUGGAAACCUGCAUUCAUUGCGAUGGCUCCUCAGCCGACUCAGACAGGAGUGAGCACUGCUCUGUGAAGGACUACACUCGACUCUCAUCCGUCAGAUAAGAAGAGGAGGAUGAAACUGAAGAAGCAGGUGACCGUUUGCGGCGGGGCCAUCUUCUGUGUGGCCGUCUUCUCUCUCUACCUGAUGUUGGACCGCGUCCAGCACGAUCCCGCCAGGAGACAGAGCGCCGGGAACUUUCCUAGGAGCCAGAUUUCGGUAUUGCAGAACCGCAUCGAGCAGCUGGAGCAGCUCCUGGAGGAGAACCAUCAGAUCAUCAGCCAUAUCAAAGACUCUGUGCUGGAGCUCACCGACACGGGGGCCAUCUCUCCCAGCGGGCAUCUCCCCUUCCGUAGCGCCAAUGGCUCCUGGGUGCUGCCCUUUGAUGGCAGGCCCACCUUUCUCUCCGUCAAGCCGCUGGAUUGCCAGUUCGCACUGGGCCGUAGGAGCCAAACUGACCUGCAGAUGCUGGAUGUGUACUCCUUGCUGAGCUUUGAUAACGUGGACGGAGGUGUGUGGAAGCAAGGUUUUGAGAUCACCUACGAGCCCAACGAGUGGGACGACGAGCCCCUGCAAGUGUUUGUGGUCCCUCAUUCGCACAACGAUCCAGGAUGGAUCAAAACAUUUGACAAGUACUACAGUGACCAAACCCAGCAUAUCUUCAACAACAUGGUGGUCAAACUGGCCGAAGAUCCUCGCCGGAAAUUCAUUUGGUCGGAAAUAUCGUUCUUCGUCAAAUGGUGGGAAAGCGCAGAUGUACAUAAACAAGAGGCAAUGCGCAAGCUGAUACUCGGUGGACAGCUUGAGAUGGUGACGGGAGGCUGGGUCAUGACAGACGAAGCCAACGCUCACUAUUUCGCCAUGAUCGAUCAGCUCAUUGAAGGCCAUCAGUGGCUAGAGAAAAAUCUGGGUGUGAUUCCUCGCUCUGGCUGGGCCGUUGAUCCGUUCGGGCACAGCGCCACGAUGCCUUACCUACUGAAACGGGCGAACAUAAGCAGCAUGCUGAUCCAGAGGGUGCAUUACUCCAUCAAGAAGCACUUCGCAGCCACACGGAGCCUUGAAUUCAUGUGGAGGCAGGCCUGGGAUAUUGAAUCGGGCACAGACAUGUUCUGCCACAUGAUGCCAUUUUACAGCUACGACGUGCCUCACACAUGUGGCCCAGACCCCAAGAUCUGCUGCCAGUUUGAUUUCAAGAGGCUGCCGGGCAGUCGAGUCAACUGUCCGUGGAAGGUGCCGCCCCGAGCCAUCACAGAUGCCAACGUGGCCGAGAGAGCUGGCGUUCUGCUCGAUCAAUACCGUAAAAAAUCCAAGCUGUUUCGUAGCAAAGUGUUGCUGGUUCCUCUCGGGGACGACUUCCGCUACGACAAAGCAUUAGAGUGGGACCAGCAGUACUUCAACUACCAGAAACUGUUUGAUUACAUGAACUCCCGCCCGGAAAUGCACGUAAAGGCCCAGUUUGCCACGCUGACAGAUUACUUUAAUGCGGUGUACAAGGCUAAAGGAGUCCCUCCGGGGAUGAGACCUCCCGAUUACCCUGUGCUGAGCGGAGACUUCUUCGCUUAUGCAGAUAGAGAGGACCAUUACUGGAGCGGAUACUACACCUCACGUCCCUUCUACAAAAACCUGGACCGUGUGUUAGAAUCUCACCUACGAGGGGCAGAAAUUCUCUACAGCCUGGCGGUGGCUCACGCACGGCGUGCAGGAUUGGAAGGACGUUAUCCUGUUUCAGAUUACUCGCUCCUCACCGAUGCCAGGCGCAACAUUGGGCUGUUCCAGCACCACGAUGCCAUCACGGGCACCGCCAAAGAGGCUGUCGUCAUCGACUACGGAAACAGGCUACUACACUCUCUGGUCGGUCUGAAACGAGUGAUCAUUAAUGCUGCACACUUCCUGGUAAUAAAGAAUAAAGACAUUUAUCGCUUCUACCAGACGGAGCCUUUCUUAGAGACGGACGACAGACGCGCCACACAAGACUCUCUCCCGCAGCGCACGCUUAUCGAGCUGGAAUCUACUCCCAGGUAUCUGGUGCUGUUUAACCCCGUCGAGCAGGAGCGUCUGUGUGUGGUCACCAUACUGGUGAAUUCUCUAAGAGUUCGGGUUCUCACUGAGGACGGGCAGACGUUACCGGUUCAGCUCAGCGCGCAGUGGGCGUCUGCUGUUGAGAUGAGUGGAGAGGUCUAUCAGGCUUCUUUCAUGGCACGCCUCCCCGCUCUGGGAUUGGCCGUCUUCCACCUGUAUGACUCUGCUGACUCCCCCAUGACGCUGUGCUCUGAUACGCUGCUCAGGAUCCCGGGACGGGGUCAGAGCAUACGGGGUUUGGACCCUCUGCCCGUGCGGUCGCAGACGGUAGACGCCCAACCGUUUUACAUCCAGAGCCAGUCGCUCACUCUGGGCUUCUCUGGAACCACAGGCCUGCUGGAGAGCAUUCGACGUAAAGACGAUCCCCAGGAGGUGAGGGUACAGAUCCAGUUCCUCACAUACGGCACUCGACCCUCGAAGGAUAAGAGCGGGGCCUAUCUCUUCCUGCCGGACGGAAAUGCCAAGCCCUAUUCGCAGAGAGAAGCUCCUGUAGUGCGUGUGGUGGAAGGGCCUCUCUUCGCGGAGGUUGUGGCACAUUAUCAACACUUCCAGCAGACGGUCCGCAUUCAUAAUGUUCCAGGAAUCGAUGGUCUUUCUCUGGACAUCACCACCAUGGUGGACAUCAGAGAUCAGAAUAACAAGGAGCUGGCCAUGCGGCUGGUUACCGACAUUCAGAGCGGAGAUACUUUCUACACAGACCUCAAUGGUUUCCAGAUCCAGCCUCGCCGGUACUUCCAGAAACUUCCACUGCAGGCUAAUUUCUACCCGAUGCCCGCCAUGGCAUAUAUUCAGGACAGCCAAUACCGGCUCACGCUCCACACGGCCCAGGCGCUCGGGGUCAGCAGCCUGGCCAGCGGUCAGCUGGAGGUGAUCCUAGACCGCAGACUGAUGCAAGACGAUAACCGGGGUCUAGGGCAGGGCCUGAAGGACAACAAACGAACAGCCAAUCGCUUCCGUCUUCUGCUGGAGAGGAGGAGCAACAGCGGAAAGCCGGUGGACAGCAGACCAGUCAGCUUCCCGUCACUGCUCAGUCACAUGACCUCCACCAUCCUGAACCACGAGGUGCUGGCACUGCCCGUGUUGCCCAGGAAACACGGCGUGCCCCCCAUGCGUACCUUCGCUCCAUUGGCUGGCAGCCUGCCCUGUGACUUCCACCUGCUGAACCUCAGGAGCAUCCAAAGCCAGCAGGAUGCUCACUCUCCUUCUUCCUACACGGCUCUGCUCCUCCAUCGACUGGGCCUGGACUGUGGUCUGGAGGCGCAGAACCCUGGUUUCAACUGCUCCACCACACAAGGCCAGCUCUCCGUUUCUGGGCUGUUCCGUGGGCUAGAUCUUCAGCUCCUGCAGCCCAUGUCUCUGUCUCUGAUGCACUCCCAGCCCCCGCUCUCCAACGACUCCUCCAUCCAUCUGGAGCCAAUGGAGAUCUCCACCUACAAGCUCAAGCUGUGCUAGAACCAUGUUGCACCAGAACCGGGCUCUCCGUGUGGACCCUUGGAACCUGUGCUAAAGCGGAGAACCACAGCUGGAUGAGCAGAGGACUCUUUUGGAGAUUGUUUAUCCUGAUUAAAUGUAUCUCAAUCAACGCUAACUAAACUCUUAGCAAAAUGGGGAAAAAAAGACUCGAGGAUGAGAACGUUCCAGCCAAAGUCAGAUUUGGUAGCUGGCCUGUGCGCUAGAGAUAAGAAUGUCCGAGUAUUUUUUUUUGAGAUUUUAUCCGGCAGAGCACUAAUUGGUGAACAUCUUUUGAACAUUUUUUUUGUCUUUGGCUGGAACUGCUGACCAUUUCUCAUUCAUCGCUGGAGUUCGUACUGUAUGUAAAUAUCUCAAAAACGACAUACAAAUCUGGAUCUAUACCAAACUGUGGGACUCAGUGCAAUAUGUGAAGCUUCUAGCCCUUUUGUUUCUUCAUUUUAUUUGUUAUCUAUCCCUAAGGCCUUGGAUAGAUAGGCUAGUCUUGAAUCCGUGUCGUUGUUUGAGCUCACGCAGUUCUUUUUAUUUCUUUAUCUGUGCUGUGGACGGUUCUGCCUCCGCUCGGCGGCAGAUUGUUGUUUUUCUAUGAAUGUCAAUCAACCAGCUUGGCCUGCGAAGACUGUCAGUGCUGUAACGGACGCGGCAUUUACAGAUCUCUUUCUUUUAGGAUGGCUCGUGAACUUUGCCGACAGAAGAAGACGUCUACGAUCCAGCAGCGGUCGAGCGCUUUCAUAGAACGGUUAUUGGGUUACGCCUCAAAUCGCAUGACGAGAGCUGACGUUUACAAUCUUUUUCCAUCCUAGCUUCUGUUAAUGAAUUAAGCUGCUGCUUAAUAAGACAGCUCUGGAUGAUCCACAACACAUUUGAGUUUUUUGUACCAUUUUGAUCGUGUCUAGGCGCAGAAUGUGCAUUUAUACUUUGUCAUAUUAUAUGCAGGUUUGAGUCGUAUUUAAGUCAGUCAGUCUGUCUUAUUUCAAGACCAAGAUCAGCCAAGACUCAGAUCAUAUGAGCUUACCUAGACAACAACACAUUUGCUUGAUAUACCUUCUCGCAGUAUUUUCAGGUAAACAGAACUCGUAUUCGAUUGUAAAGGUACUAGUGCAGGUAGCAACGGGUUCCUUCACUCAGAUUUAGCCAAUUUCCCACACGAAAACCCGUUUAGGCCUUAUCUCGCUGUAGGAAGCCCAUCUGUAAUGUGUAGCAGACCCAUCUCAGUCAUUUCUUCUGGCUUUUGUCUGUCACCUCGGUUUGCUUGAAUCGGACAAUUUUGAACAUAAGAAUGCUGUCUGUCCGUCAACCUGUCCUGUCGUGUCGUUUUGUGUGGUGUCUCACAUUUCCCAGCCUGUCUGUCUCCCCUGGGAAAAUCUGUACUCCAGUCUCUUAUUUAAAUUACAGAAAAAUCUUCGCACUUCUUCAACUUUCAGCUCCGUGUCUGAUUAUCUCUCUGUAGUGUGGCCACAUCCAGCUAAUCAAGUUCUGGAGUAGUGUCCUAUCAGGAAGAUAAUUCCCCGCAGGAGGAACUCCAAGUAUGGUGUGGCAAACAUCUGUCCGACUCCUUUGGAACACAUUUUGGCGCCCAAUGUAGGGCGCGCUUGCUAUUCCAAAAUUCUGAUUCGUUUUCCCUAUCCGUGCAUUUCCAUGCUUGUUUUUCCUGUGCGUACGCUUUCCAUACUGACAGAUCUCUUUGUUAGAUGUCCUUUAUUUGUGUUGUGUGUUCUGAGAUGGAAAUGAAAUGGUAGUGAAUUGAGAGCAUCAUUUCUUUUGUUUCUUUUUCAUUUUCUGGUUUGGUUUGCUAUUGAGAGUGUCUUCAAAAAAUGACUCAUUAAAGCAAAUGCAGAGACAUUAAA